GAAGCUCCACAUGAACAACCUUUCGGGGACCAUCCCACCAUCCACUGGAAGCCUUCUCCACUUGCAGAACUUCAAUACAUGGGGCACCAACCUCACAUGUCCAGCCGACGACACCAGCUGUGUCACGAAGCAAAAUCCCGUGACCGCUUUUUGCCACAAGUGCCGUUCCUUUUGCACAACCUGCCUAAAUUCUACAU